AUGUUUGUGCGAGGCGUAGACAGGACAUACUUGGCUAUAUUGGUGGUCUGCAUUAUAUUUAUUGCCUGCCUUGGCGGGCCAUUCUCUUCGUAUCAGCCGAAAGUCGGCGCGGUAGAAGAGUUGAUCUACCGGGGCGCCAGCCUCAACGGGAGUGAUCGCCCUUCCGAUCUUGAACUCAGCGAUGUCGUUGAAGACACCGACACCAGUCCCACACACGGACUCUUCAACUUCUACUCAGAGCCAUGGGACGCUCCCGGGGUUACAGCAGAAUUGAACGCAGACAGGAUGCGCAUCAUUGAGCCUUACAUUAGGGCCAUCACAGACCCCAGCGACAGACGGUUCCCGCGACUGCGAUGUCCCCUUCCGAUGAAACAACGGUAUGAGAUCUUGCGCCGCCGGAGAAGUUUGGCGACGAGAUGGGACACGCCGCCGAGACGGUGGUUUUUCGCCCUCAACCUCCACCAAUGCGCCCCCAUCUUGCCGCGCUUGCUGGCGUCCGUUGUCGAGACCAUCCGCUUCCUUCGACCACAAGACUGCGUCUUGUCGAUAGUUGCUCGUCCUUCCUCCGACGGUACGUUGGAGAUUCUGGCGCGUAUUCGCCAGGAAUUGGAGCUGCUCGGGGUCACAUACUACUUCAGCACAAGCAACAUUGACCCGUUCGAGCCGGGCAAAGACUAUAUCACCGAAUGGGCCGCCUUGCGAAAUCUGGCUGUUGACCCGCUGGUGCGGCAGCCCGAACUUUACGACCCCGACACAACGGUCGUCUUUUUGAACGACUUGGCGAUUUGCACGGAUGACAUUCUAGAACUCAUCUAUCAAAAAGUCUAUCAAAAGGCCGAUAUGACUUGUGGCAUGGACUGGGCCAAUUAUGGGGAGACCUUCGUCGAUGUAGGGGCAUCCCGUGGCAUGACAGGUGACAUGUUUGUCUAUGCGCCACAGGAUGGUAGCAUCGACCCCAACAAUACCCUUUUCCGCAACGACCCCAAAACAAAGGCGCGAUUUGAAGCUCGGGUGCCAUUCCAGGUCUAUUCAUGCUGGAACGGCGGCGCAGUCUUCACCGCCAAGCCACUCCUCCAGCACAACGUGACAUUUCGAGCCUCACGCGGCGACGAAUGCCACAUGGGCGAGCCCCUACUGCUCUCCAAAGAUUUCUGGAAGUGCGGCUACGGCCGGAUCGCGGUGGUGCCGAGCGUCAAUAUCGGCUACAAUGACGACGAGUCGCGCCGGACCAAGAAGCGAUAUGGCUUCGCCACCGAGAUCGUGCAGCGCGUCGAGCAGGAUCUGAACGUCGGCGCCAUCAGGCACAACAAGAUCCGGUGGCAGGCCGCGCCGCCCAAGACUGUCAAGUGCGAGGCGGAUAUCCCGCACCCGUCCGAGAACGAGGUGGACGAGGCUAAGAAAGCUGCCGAGGCGGGCUCUGAUGGUGCAGACAAGAAGGAGCCGCAGCAGAAGAAUAUUGUCUAUGAGGACGGCGGUGGUCCUGACCUUUAA